CCGUUACUGUUGCCAGGCAGCGGGAGGCGUUUGCCGGAAGUCUCUGCGGAGGGCAUGGCGGAGGUUCAUGUCAUCGGGCAGAUCGUUGGAGCAAGCGGAUUCCCCCAAAACAGCCUCUUCUGCAAAUGGGGGAUUCACACAGGCGGAGCGUGGAAGGUGCUGUCUGGGGCAGUAGAGGGUCAGACGCAGGUAGAUACCCCGCAGAGCGAGGAGAUGGCUUUCUGGUCGCAUCCAAUCGACGUGCACUUUGCUACAAAGGGACUGCAAGGUUGGCCCAAACUCCACCUGCAGAUCUGGCACCAGGACUCGUUUGGCCGAAGCGAGCUAUACGGCUACAGCUUCCUGCACGUCCCCUCCACUCCGGGAAGCCACUCUCUGGUCAGUCCCUCCUGGCGGCCCCUGGGCUCCUGGCAGGAGCGGCUCUCCCAGCUGUUCGUAGGCGGAGGGCCGCAGCUCAAGUCUUCCAGCCUCAUCUACGGGGGAGCGGAUCGCUACCGCCUGCAGACCGCGGCCAUGGGGCGAGUGCACCUGGAGCUCACCGUCAUACUGAGGAACUUUGAGCGCUAUGGGGUGGAGAGCUAGGGGCCGGUCCGGCAAUGGAGCGCGUGUCACGAUGCACCUCUCUGGAGUGGGGAAUGCCUGCGUGCACUUGGGGAGUGGUGGGAGUGGUUUUAUGUAAAUUAAAUGUAUAUGGGUUUUAUCUGCCCCUCCCCCAUUCCUAGACCUGUAACCUGCAUUAAUAAUAACGAUUUCUGCUCUGUUUAGAUAUUUUUAGGUUGAAACCGCCACUAUUUUCAUAAUAAACGUUUUAUAUCAA